AUGGCGUCAGUUCAUUCUUCAAAUAUAUCUGAAAUACAUGACGUUCCAAUAGAUAUUAUAAUAAGGCCAUUGAUACCAGUUUUAGAUGAAGGAAAAGUGUGUAGUUUGAUGCUGACAAUAGAGAAUCCUGAACGUGUAACUACCGUACCUCCGAUUGAUAUUUUAUGGGUAAAAGGCAGUAAAGGAGGAGAUUAUUAUUAUUCGUUUGGAGGAUGUCAUCGUUUCGAAGCUUACCGAAGACUUCAACGACCUACAAUACCAUGUAAAAUUGUUAAAUCAACAAUUGACGACAUUAAGACAUACUUGGGUUCAUCCACUCCAAACUUAGAAUAA